GCGAGAGGAGGAGGGGGGGGGCGGUCCCUCGCAGGAAACGGCGCGGUCGGGCGCAAGGGCUGCCCUUGGAAGAGGCAUCGGUCCGUCAUGGCGCCCCGCACGUUCCCUUUGGUCAAGUUGACGGCCAAAGCAGGACUGGCCGGCGGUGCCCUUUACCUGGUUUACUCCCAGGGGCUGCUGGGGAGCAGCGAUAAAGGCGCCCAUGCCCUCCACAAAGCCAAAGCAGCUGUUACUCCGGCGGUGGAAGAAUGGACAAAGUAUUUCGGUUGGCAGCUUCCAGCGGUUCCAAAAACUGAAUUUUCCCUCUGCGAUGCCUGGAACUCAGGGGUCCGUACGGUCAUAAGUGCCCUUUCCAUCGCCCCAACCAAGGGCUGCGAAUACACACAACAAGGAUGGAAAUACAUCAAGGAGCUUGCGAAAUGAAGGCAGCUGGAGCAGCGUUGCGUUCUCUUGCCGUCCAGCAGAAAUCACUCCGUCCAGCUUUGCAGAAAGUGUAACCCUGCUUUAACAACCAGGGUUAUAAAAAAAAGCCGCCGGCAGGGUUACAUUUUAUUUCUGGGUUCAUCAGACUCUUCUGGCUCUUGAUUUCUGUAUUUGGCAAAGCCAAUCCUAGGUCGGGAUAGAGCGGUUGGCCCCCCCACCCUCUCCCCGUUCUCUUGGCCACGUUACCAAAUUAAAGUUGGAAUGUUGUGGGUUUGCAAAAA